UAAAAUUUUGCUUGUCAUCUGUAACCAAGUCCAUUAUUCACUACUUUGUCUACAGAAGAAAAUAGUAAUAUUUGUGUUUGUUAAAAUGGCUUUGGCGGAAAUAGCUGGUAUUGCAAACGCACCAUUCUUAAAAGAAAAAAAUAAUAAAAUCCGGUUCUCAAGUCAGACAUAUAACCUUGAGAACCCUUACUGCUUGUUGGCACCGCCAUCUAAUGGGUUGGUGGAUAUAAGAUCUAUGCAGACCGCUGGAUCACAAAGCGGUAUUAAAAUUGAUUACGACCACGGCACAACAACUUUGGGAUUCAGGUACAAAGGUGGCGUUAUAUUGGCGGUUGAUUCUCGUGCGACUGGUGGUCAGUUUAUUGGUUCUCAAGAAAUGAAGAAAAUUGUGGAAAUCAACAAAUAUUUGUUGGGUACAUUAGCUGGUGGUGCUGCUGAUUGUGUAUAUUGGGAUCGUGUUCUUGCAAAGGAAUGUCGUCUACAUGAACUACGGAACAAAAAGCAUAUUUCUGUGGCAGCGGCAAGUAAAAUCAUGGCGAAUAUUGCUCAUGAGUAUAAGGGUAUGGGUUUGAGCAUGGGUAUGAUGCUAGCUGGUUAUGAUGAUAAAGGUGCUGGUCUAUACUAUGUUGAUUCGGAAGGAUCUCGAUCGCCAGGAAAUAUAUUUUCCGUGGGAAGUGGUUCAAUUUAUGCGUAUGGUGUACUUGACUCUGGGUACAAAUAUGACUUGGAGGAUCAAGAAGCCUACGAAUUAGGUCAACGUGCUAUAUAUCACGCAACAUUCAGAGAUGCUUAUUCCGGUGGUAUUAUUCGAGUAUACCACUUAAAAAAAGAUGGUUGGAUAAAAAUAUCGGAGCGCGAUUGCAAAGAUCUUCACUAUAGAUACCAAGAAGAAGAAAAUUAAUAUUUUAUUAAUCAAUCCAUAAAUAAAGUUUGACUAAUAAAUAUGGUUGAAAGCUUUAAUAAA